AUGCGUCUGCGCGCUAGGUAUGCUACUGAAAGAACCUGCUACGACUCCGCGUCCGACGAAUGCGACGUCGACCCUGAGCCUGACGAUGCUCUUCUCCAAAAGUCCUCAGAGUCGGAUAAUGACGCUCUUUCACAGUUUUCGGAUGACGAUACUAUCUGUGUCGUUGUCGGUCAAGAACCAAAUCAAAAAAAGUUCUUCGUGGACCCGUACCGCAUCUGUUAUUGUAGCAAGUUCUUCCGGAAUGCUUUAAGAGGGGGAUGGAAUUCAGCACAGACUCUCGAGGUCACUCUGAAAGAAGAGAACCCUAGGAUAUUUGCUUGGUAUCUGGACACACUCUAUAAUGGCACCAAGCUAUCCUUCCAAGGCCAGCCGUGGUCAUUCCAGCCCAUGAGCGAGCUCUACGUCCUCGCCGAGAUGCUCAUGGACGACUCCACUAAGAAAUCUAUCCUGGCAGCCAUUCGGAAACGAUGCGAGAGCCCUCAAUUCGGCCACUCUCUCCCGGAGCCAUCUGCAAACCUGCCGAAAGACUUCCUCCUCGAUCUGUCGGUCAAUCUCAUCGCCCAGCGUCCCCUUCCCGAUGACGAUAAUAGGGGUCACGAUGAGGGCAAGAAUGCUAAGAAGCGUGCAGCCGAAGAAAGUGACGACGAGUUAGCCCUCUAUCUUGACUCGCUAGAAUCGCCUCCAAAGGUGAAGAGGAAGAAGCUGAGGCUGAAGUUGCCUGCCGACGGCCGUGAUCGAGGCGCCUUCCUUGAUCGGUACUCUGUGGUGACCGAUGCACAUUCGGGAAAUACAAAGACGAAGGUCACUCUUGGUUCUCAACACGACACCGCAUACAUCAGGGCUGAGCGCACAGCCGAAUGGCAGACAAAUAUUAGCAACCUUCUUCGAGGUGGUCCUCUUAAGCCGCAGAUAAUGACCGAUGACGGUAGGAGUUGGUUCGAAACCACUUGA